CUAUUGCAAUGUAUUGGUUGGGAUUAUGAAAGUAGAAUUAGUAUUCAGAUUCAGUGGAUGAUGGAAGAAUGUAAAGUUUACGUUUUAAUUUAUUCAUAAAUGUCAGAAUUUUUAUUACCUGUAUAAUAAUUUGAAAUUGUGAACAUUUAUUAUUGUAAAAUUAUGUUGUUACAAGUAUAUACUGGUACGAUUUUAAAUUGAAGUAUAAAUUGUUAGUGUAACAUGGAUAUUUGGAGUAUAUUAGAAAAUGGUCUGUGUGACUAGUAAUUAUUAUUUGAAAGAGAUAUAUGAUUAACUCAUUAAAUCUUACAAAUAAGACACAUUGGAAGAGCGUAUUUAUUUGUGUGCAUUUAAAUUUUCAAUGUUUCGAAGUGGAUUACAGCCUUACGCAGGAAUACACUAUUCUGUCUCUUGGUCUUGCAUGUAAAGGACAAAAAUCAAUGAUGCACCAAACUUUUGGAAUAUAAAUACCAGGAAUAUUUUGAAGUGUAAAAACAGGAACUAUGUUGAUCAUGAGCGAUGGAUACAACAACAAUGUGAAGUCUGUGUACUUUAUUCAUUUAGAAAACACUGAUAGGAGAUCCAAGUCAGCACUAAAAAGAUUGAAAAAGCUGUUCCAUACAGUUAGAUUUAUUUCUAAAUUGCGACCUUGUUUCAGUGAAAGUUACUUCACAGUUAAAGGCGCUGCUUUGAUAUUGCCUCAGAAUGAUGUUGAAUCAACUUUUACCAAGAAAAUUUGUAAAAGUAGCCAUGGAGAUAUCCAAAGCCACUUGGAGUCCAUGAUUGCAUUAUUACGAAGACAAGACACAAUAGCACUUGCAGUUAAACUAGAAGUAACCAUUCCAGAGAGACACAAAUACAUGGCUGUAGUAUCUUGUAUGGGUAAACAGGAUACAGAAGAGACUGUUAUCCUCGGUAUCGACUUCUGUGGAAAUAAUCAGGCCACUAUUGGUUUAGUGUUGCCUAUCUGGGCAGAUACUGAGAUAGCAUUGGAUGGAGAUGGAGGGUUUAGUGUUACAUCUGGAGGCAACAGACAUAUGUUUAAACCAGUUACAGUACAUGUCAUGUGGUUUACUCUACAAAGUUUGAAUAAAUUAGUUAAGCUAGCCAGAGAAAACAAGUACAUUGCUCAAGGUCUUUCUCAUACAUGGGUAUCCUACUAUGAGUCUAGUCUCACAUCAGACAUUCCUCUGAUCAGUGAAUGGAAUACUACAGAGGAUUUAUUGUUUUUCAAAGCAGAACCUGUAUUACUACCCACUGACGAUGAGGAAGAAGCAUUCCUAAAGAGAAUCCGAGUAGAACUGAAGAAUGUAAUGAUGAAAGAAGAUUUAGAUGAAGCUACCUCUAAAUAUUUGAGAACCAAAGUCGAAGAAAGAAUGAAUAUGAAGUUAGAUCAAUGGAAAGCUUACAUUGAACAGGAAAUGUUGAUGAUUAUGGGCCAGCUUGAUUCACCCACAUUAAUUAAAGAGUAUUUAUACUUAGGAUCUGAAUGGAAUGCAUCCAACAUCGAGGAACUCAGUAAAAAUGGUGUACAUUAUAUAUUGAAUAUCAGCAGAGAAAUAGACAACUUUUAUCCUGGUAUACUACACUACUACAAUAUAAAAGAAUGGGAUUGUGAAGAAACAAAUCUACUAAAAUACUGGGAAAAUACUCAUAAAUUUAUAUCCAAAGUUAGAGAGAAGAAGGGCAUAGUAUUGGUACAUUGUAAGAUGGGAAUUAGUCGUUCAGCCUCCACAGUAAUUGCAUACUUGAUGAAGGAGUAUCACAUGUCACGGCAGGAAGCAUAUGACAUGGUAAAGGGAAUGAGAAGUUGUAUCAUGCCAAACAAUGCUUUCUGGAAUCAAUUGGAAACUUAUGAAGGAAUCUUGAAUGCAAGCAAUCAAAGACUUAUCUUUAAAUUGCGUUCUGAAACAAACAUGGAUGAAAAAGCCAAAGAAAUUGAAAAAGAAGAGGUGAACACUGAGGAUUUUUUAGGAGUGUAUCAGGAACCCAUUGAUGAGAGUUACUCGGAUGUGUUCCUGAAAGAUAUCUCAGAUAACUGUUCCUAUGACUUUGACAUUGAGAUAGGAAGUAGUUCUAGAAGUGCUGAUUCAAAUGAAGAGUUUUAUCCAGAUUUACCCUCUCCACAACCAGAUGGCGCUCAAGGUAUAAGCACAGACAUUCCUGAUGAUGAGGAUAGUGAAGAUGAUUCAGAAUCAUCAGAGGAAGAAGAAGAAGAAAUUCCAGCCAGUUUUCCACAGAAAAGUUUAUCUCCAACAUCAAAGUCUUCAAGUAGUAAUAUUGUACCAGAAAUAAUUCUUUCUAAUUCGCCAGCAGAUAGACCAAUCCUAGACACUGAAAAAGUCCCAAACGAAACAAGAAAAGAUAUAGGUGAAUCUCAUAGUGAUAUGGAUAUAGCUGAGAUUGAAGGUGACUGUGCCCUUGAAACUGAUAUAUCAAGGGAAACAACUCCUUUGUCAGACUUAGGUAUUCAUCAGCAUUAUCGUAAGGAGAAUAUACCAUGGAGUGCUGGAACUGUCAAGAAAACCAAAGAAAAUUUAGAGGGCAAGAGUAAGGAUGUGUCAGCAAGUUCAAGGUCAGAUGACAUUAAAAGAAAAAUUAAGGAUGUUGAAACUAGUCCCGAGUCAAGUCACUUCUCUUUUGACGAUCAUGUGACAACAAAUAAUGAAGGUAUAACUAUUAUAGUGACCGAUGAAUCUGACAAACAGUUCCAGCCUAUUGAUGAUGUUACUCAAUCAGAAACAAAUGUGGAUGAAGUUCAGGCAGAAAAGUUUGCGCAAAAGGAUGAAGAUCAGGAUGUAAAACGACCUGCAUCUGUAUAUGAUUUAGAGGAGAUAUCUCUACCUGCAGGCAUUGUACGUAGAACUACACAGGAAAUAGAGGAUAGAAAUAGAAUAAAUGACCAAUCUCCAGAUUCAGAACACAAAGCAUUACAGAGGUCAUCAAGUUUAAAGACAGAACGUGAUACUCCACGUAAAAAACGCAAUUUAGAAAGACGAAAAACAAUUACUCCAAUCUUAUCAUCAUGCUCGUCUUCAUCAUGUGAUGCUAGUCCAACCAAAGAUGUCAGUGCAUUAAACUUCUCAAAAUAUGACUCUGUGUUUACAAGUCCAGCUGUGUUGUCAAGACAGCUGGAUGAUGAAAAGAAAGAGUGUGAAAAAACCUGUGAGAAAGACGAUAAGACAGAUUUUGUAAACAUUAGUGCAAAUAAAAAUGAUGAAAAUACUGAGGAGGUUAAAUCUAUAGAACUGGAGGAAGCAGAUUUAGCAGUUUAUAAAUUUCUAGGUGAAGAAGUGUCUGUAAAAAAGGGAAUUGUUAAAAAACAAACUAUGGGUAUACAAUUGUAUCAUGAUGACACAAGCAUUGAAUUGAUGAAUCGUGAAAGAUUGUCUUCUGAGAAUGAGAAAUCUGAUGUUGGAAGUCGAAGUAGGAGAACAUCUGACAAUGAGGGCAGUGGAUCACAUCCUACCACACCAACAGAAGUUAAAAAUUCUGGCAAAGAAGUUAUAGAGGUUACCCCUUCAUGUACAAUUAGUAUGGACACGCAAAAUAAAGUAGAAAAUGUAAGUUCAGAAUCUGAGGAAAACAAAAAAAGUUCAGAGUCAGAUGGUAGAAUAGAAGAGAAAACUCCAUUAUUUAGUGUAGCAAAAGAAAGCUUUGAAAGGGCUAGUGCUAAAACAAAAGACCAUGAUGACCCAGUAUUUCAUACACCAAAAAACAAAAAGAGGCCAGAGCCUCGUUUUGAUGCAGCUACCUUAGAACUUAUUCGAGAAAUAGGGUCUGCAAUUUUAAAUAGUCCUGCUAAAUCUGAAGUUGAGGAUUAUGAAGAGGAGGAGGCCCAAUUAGGGUCUGGUUUAGUUAGGCACUAUGUUCGAGGUAUUGAAAAGAAAACAAGUGUAUCUAAAAAGAAAAAAACGAAAGAGAUUAUAAUAAUAGAUAAAGAAACACAGGAAAAGAAGCACUCUUGGAGAUGGAGUAGUCCACCAGAUCAAAAUAAGGAAUCUCCUAAUGAACAUUCUAAAAAGCCAUUGAUUCAGUCAAAUAGUAGUCCUGUUUUAUCUACAAAGCAGAUGAUACAGUCAGGAAAACCAGGAAGUGAUUUUGAUUUAUCUCCCUUGAAAGGAAGUCCUCCAAAAAGAGGUGGAGAAAUUGGAAAGAGUUCACCCAAAAAAUCUGUUGGAAUCGAUUCAGAAUAUAGUUCCUCAUUAGGGUCUGACAGUAGCGUAGGAGCGAAAGAUGGAGAAAAUAGCGAAGUUUUUAACUUCAAAAGUUUGGUAGGAAAAUAUGGAGGAUCUUGUCAAGACUGCUUAGAUAGUCACCCAAAUAGCUCUUCAUUGUCAGAAAUAAAAGAAGUCAAUUCUUGUGAAUCUCUGAAAAAUGUCGGAACGAACCCAACGCCAAACAAAGAAACUGAAAAUGACAGUUCUAUAAAUACACAAUCAGAUAGUGAAGAAUCUACGAAUGAGGAUUGUGUCAAGUUACGUCAUAUUAGAAAUCAGUUGAGAAAAACAAGUCAUCAUACACAUCGUCCUAAAUCUGUUGAGCUAGUCAGACGGCAUUCUUUAGCUCCUGGCAUGUUUGGAGUAACGGACACUAGCAUGGAAGACAAUCAGUCUGCGUUUUCAUGGGAAGGUAGAAAAGUUAGAAAACUUCAAGGAAAGAGUCAUCCAUUGACUAAACUAGAAUGGCGGAAAAAGUUUUAUAACACUAUGUAAUGUCUAAAGAAUUCAGGUUUCAGAAAUUCAUAUAUAUGACAGUACACAUAAGCAUUGAAAGAAGAAAACUAAGUGACAAAAUUGCUGCUUCUAGUGAGACAAAUUUCUAAGUCUACUUCAGAAAUUGUCAUGUUCGUUGCUAUUUCAACAAAAAUUUUAGUUAUCGUUUUUAUUAUAACUUUAAAUGAUUGAAGAGGGGUCUGAAAGAUAGUGUUAUCAUUUCAAUGCUUCAUGAACUUAUAUAAAUAUACUGUAAUGAUCACAAACUAAAAGAUAAGACAUAAAAAAGGUGUGAUUAUGGUGAAGUAUUUUACCAGUUCCCAUACACUACUUUAACAUCACCAGAGUAGGAAAGUGUACCUACCAUUAGCCAGGUCAUGUAUUAGUGGUUAACUCGAUUCAAAGUUGGCAUUGUUAACAUUCAAGAUACAACGAUGUGGAAAUAGAGAUAAAAUGUAACAGUGAUGAAUUAUACUAUAUUGAACCCAUUAUACUGGUUUUAAAUUCUGUUUUACUAGCAUGACUAGUAAGAUAAAACUUGUGAAAUCUGUUAUUGUGAUACAAUCAUUCCAUUUUAGAAGCUGUACAUUUGUUUGUUUGCCAGUUUGAGAUUUUAUAUUGUUAUAUAAGAUGUGUAAUGUCAUGUAUUGUUUCUGGUAGUUAAACUUUAAUUUAAAAUUAAACUGUACGCCAAACGCCAAACAACUGUCUAAUCAAAACUCCUCGACUAGUUUGGACAGGUUUCCGUGUAUUUGUCAAAGACAGCUUUAAUAGGUCAAAAUAGGCAAGCAAUAAAAACGGUGUACCUCAGAUAUGAAAUUUAUUGCCUAGUAUUUCAUGGACCAUUGUCAUAAUGUCCACCCCUUAUCUCUUAGUUUCCAAAUUUGGGUUUGUAUUUUGAAAUAGUUAAUUGUAUUAGUAAAUUGCAGCCAGAAAUUUUACUGACAUUGAAUCAUUACUAAAAAUAGAUUUUACAUCAUACAGCUGUGAUAUAGAGAUUGUUUUAUUUUAAUGUUUAUGGCAGAGUUAUAUUGGUGUAGAGUAAACAAUUUGAGAUUUAAUUUGUUUGCAAGUUAGUUUUUAAGAGUUCACGUUCAGAAGUUUUAUGACUUUUCCAAUUAGAUUUAUUUCUAUUGUAAGAUAUUUUUCUCCAUAUCGUUUUUCAAAAUUAAAUUUUGUAUUUAUAAAGUCCUAUAUAUAUGUUGAAAAUAUAUUAUGAUAAAAGUCAGAUGGCAGUUAUAUGUAGCUGGUUCUAUCAUAUACAUUUAUCACAAUUUGUAACAGUUUCAGUUCGGGACAUAACAAGUUAUGUUGUAAUUGAGGCUAUUCUAAAUAUUAUCUCUUCAAUUUAAUUUGUAAAUACAAAAUGUAUCCUUUACUGUUGUACAUACAUACCUGUCAAUUCCUCAAAACCUCCAUGGGGAUUUUAAGUGCUAGAGGACCUAAUUAUCUCUUGUAUGUCAUAAGAGUUUAAAUAUAAUAUAUUUAUGGUUUAUAAUGAGCAUAUAAAUGUUUAAAUGGCAUUUUAUCUCCUUCAAAUUCUCUUUUUUGAGAUAUUCAGUAGAACAGGAUUUCAAGAGUAAAGUCAACACUGCUCAUGAAUCAGGAAAGUUGUCAGUUCUGGAUAUUCACUCAUACAUUUAUAUACUUGCACAGAAAGUUUCUCUGACUCUCAUUUUUGCCAUGAAUUAAAGAAAAACAUGUAUCUUUCUGAAAUAUUAACUUCCUUUUGUGAUACUUAUUUUUAACUUUAGAAUUUUGGAAUCAAGCAUUAGUCAUUGAAUCAAUAAAACUCCAUAUACAUGUAGAUAAUUUGAAAUAAUAACUUGUACUUGUAAUACUCUUAAUAGGGUAUAAUCAAAUUUAAAUUGUACAUUUACAUGUAGUAUAGAUCACAGAGGUUCACAUUUAUAAAAGUCUUAAUAAAAGUAACAAAGCACCUUUUGGACAAUUGAUUAAGAAUAUUGAUAUUAAGUUUUUUUUAUCAACCAAAUAUUUUUGAAGCAACUUUGCUAGCCAGUUCAGUAAAGUUAAGUUUAUAUUCCUAAAAUGAUGGAUAAAUUGUAAACAAUUUUGUAUAUUUUGUUUUGGUUUGACAUUUUCCUGCCUCUGUUAGUAAAUUAUUCCUUUGGUUAACACAUGUGUGAUUUUGGUUGUAAAUUUAGUUAUAAGUUCAUUUUU